AAUUUCGGUCUGUGGCCGAUCCCCGGGGAGGUGGGUAGGGGGCCGGCCCGCGGCGAGGCGGAAGCUGCCCAGGCUGCUGCCCGAGCCUAUUUCGGAGGCGCACGGAGCCCAGCCGGACCGAGGCGGGGAGGCGGCCGCUCGGCGGGGCGAGGCUAGCGGAGCUCCGGGCCGGAGGCGGCGGCGAGUCCGAGGCGGCCGGGGAAGGCGAGGGGUCGUCGGCGGAAUCCCUGCGCGGCGCUCCGCUUCUCCUCUCCGCGCAUUGCGCCCCCUCUCCAAAGACGCGCGACCCGUCCAAAGAUUCCCUCCUUCCCCAGGGGCAGGGGGGUUGUUUCCCCUCUUCCGAGUCUCCCUCCCCGUUGGCUCGAGACCCGCUGAUCCUUGCAAAGGGGAAGCCACUCUGCACGUGCUCAGGGGCGCUCUGGAGCCGGGCGAAGGAAGGUGCGCGCCGAGGAGACGCGGCUGAGCCCGGCACCUCGCUCAACCCUCCCCAGGCAGGACCAGCGGGACAGCCGCACCCCCGGGAGGCAUGCGGAUGUGAAGUGUUCACGAUGCCUUAUUUUUUUGGAGAAAUGUGCAAGAACGACCGGACAUACGAAGUGAUCUUCUCCGGAAUGCGCAUCCACCCAAAAGGGGCGACGAGACCCUUUCCUAGGGAGCCAUAAAGAGGUCAGCCCUUCAAGGAGGAGUGAGCAAUUAGAGCUUGCGAAUGCCGAUAACUACAAUAAAAACAUGGGGGUCGGUCCAAGAUGUUGCCCCCAGUGGCGGGCGACGAUGGUAUAACCCUUGUCCAAAAAUCUUCUCAGGGCUGCCUGACCUCCCGGGCGAAGACCUUGCAGGAGCGGCGCCUGCGAUGCCUCCCAUGGAAACCGAGGCCCCUCCUUGCAUCAGACCCGAAGGCGCCUUGGCAGAGGACCGGUCUGAGGGCAGCCCGGAAGCGAGCCAUGCCUCCCAGCCGCCUGGCACGGCCGUGACGCCCAUCUCGCGCACCGUCUGCCUAUACCGGCCUGUGGGCACCUUUGCCGACUCGCAGCCCCUCGUCCUGCUGCUGCCCUGGUUUGGCGCCCGGCCCGGUGCCCUGGCCAAGUACCUCUCCCUCUACCUGGGCCGCGGCUGGGCUGUGCUGGUGGCCGAGAGCAGCCUGGGCCACUUCCUGUGGCCACGGUGGGGCCUGGCGUAUGCGGAUCAGCUCCUGGGGCUCCUGGGGGAGGGCAAGGCCCUGGGCACCCAGCCCCUCCUCAUCCACGCCUUCUCCAUCGGAGGGUACACCUUUGCCCAGAUGAUGGUGCACCUCGCCAGACACCCCGAGCGGCAUGCCGGCAUCGGAGAGCGCAUCUGCGGCUGCGUCUACGACAGCCUGGUCGCAGGCAGCCUGGAGAAUAUGGCUCAGGGCGUGGCCAGGAUGACCAGCUCCUCUGCGGCCGUCCGGCCUCUCCUCCGCGGAGGCGCCCUGCUGUACUUCCGCCUCUUCCGCCUGUGCACCGUGGCACACUACGAGGCUGCCCUGGGCGCCUUCCACCACCCGCCCCUCCGCUGCCCCGUGCUGGUCUUCUUCUGCCACAAUGACCCGCUGAGCGACGCCCGCACCAUGCAGCAGCUGCUGGGCGCCUGGCGGGCACUGGGCCUCCGUGUGCAGGUGCAGGAGUGGGCAGUCUCUCGCCACGCGCAACACCUGCGCCUCUACCCCCAGGAGUAUUCCCGGGCGCUGGGCGCUUUCCUGCAGCAGCUGGGCCUCCUGCCCACCUCUGGACUCCAGGCAAAACUUUAGCGCGUGAGAAGGAACCAGAAAUGGACGCUCGGCAGAGGAGGAAGACAUCACCGCUGCCAUCCCUGCGGCGGGCAUGGAGGCGAAAGGCCCGUUUGCCAGAGCCGCUCCAGGAGGCUGCAACCGGAUGGGUGGCUGGACUUGGGGGUCCCAAUGGAGCAACUCUCCCCACCCAAAAAACCCACAUACUUUUGAGCGCUGCAGCUUAUUGCAAUGGAAGUGCCCAGGAAAUAGGUGCCAUGGAUGGGUGGCAUGGAGGUGAAUUGCCACCAGCAGAAGGAGGGCAGGCGGCAAGGCUGUUCCCCCCACUCUGCUAAGGUUGUGGGGUCUUUCUAAACACGUCAGCAGCGGAAGCUGGGAAGCCAGGAUUGCAAUGGGGGGAAGUGGGCAACGCGAAGUCUCCCUCUCCC